AUGGCCUUGUGUCUGCUGUGUCUGGGUCUUAUUCUCCUGGGUGCCCUGAAGAUGCAAGCUGAGAAGUCUCUUCCAACUUCCACCCCAACUCCACCACUGAGCAAAUUCCCCCAGAAGCCAGACUUCUUGUAUGAACAGUUCCAGGGAAAGUGGUAUUGCAUUGGUGUUGCCCAGAACACGCAUUUCAAUGAAAGCCAAAAUGAACCAGUCUUGCAAAACACCAUCUAUGAGCUAAAUGAUGACCACAGCUACAAUGUCACCGCUGACUGGGUCAGGGAUGGGAAAUGUGAACGCGAUAAUGGGAUAAUAUUACCAACUGAUAAACCAGGCCUGUUCUCCUUGCAAAAUGUGACACGUUAUGGUGGAGUACAGAAUUUCACUGUGCGAGUGCUAGAAACUGACUACAAGCAGUUUGCCAUGGUGUACUUGGAGAGGAUUGUCCAUAACAUGGUGUUCUUCAAGCAUGUGCUCUAUGGGAGGAAGAAGGAAUUGAGUCCUGAAAUGAAGGAGCACUACCGUACCGUGGCAAAAUCUCUGGGCGUCCCCGAUCGCUAUGUCACAUUCACUGACCAACAUGGUCAGUCCUGCUUUUGGUUCUCCAUGGUGUUGCUGCUCACUGUUUAUCAGAAGUUCUUCAGCAAUGGAGAUCAGUAUGAAUUCUAG